CCCGCGCCCGCCGGCCAGCGCAUGGCCCCGGCGUCGCUCGGCAUGAACCCUGUUGGGCUCAGGACGUGCAGCAGGGACCGUGCGGGGUCCGGCCCGUUGCCCUUCAGCGUCAAGUCGCUGCUGCAGGCAGAGCACUGGCUGGGCGCGGAGCCCGCGGAGCCCCGGGAGGAGAGGCCGCGGGGCGCCGCGGAACCCCGGGCCUGGGUCCCGGCGGCCGCCCCCUUGUCCUCCCCACGCGCCCCCAGCCCUCCACCCUGCACCCUCAGGAAACACAAGAACAACCGCAAGCCGCGGACGCCCUUCACCACCGCGCAGCUGCUGGCGCUGGAGGGCAAGUUCCGCCAGAAGCAGUACCUGUCCAUCGCGGAGCGCGCCGAGUUCUCCAGCAGCCUGAGCCUCUCCGAGACGCAGGUCAAGAUCUGGUUUCAGAACCGCCGGGCCAAGGCCAAGCGACUGCAGGAGGCCGAGCUGGAGAAGCUGAAGCUGGCGGCCAAGCCGCUGCUGCCCUCGUUCGCCCUGCCCUUCCCGCUGGGCGUCCACCUUCACGGCUCCCCGGCCGUGUACGGCAGCGCGGCGGGCUCCCUGCCGCAGGUGCCGGGACUCCUCGCCGCGCCCGUGGCCGCCUACGGCAUGUAUUACCUGUCCUAG